AUGAUGUCCUCCAACACUGAGGAGGACCCGUUCCUCCAAGUACAACAAGAUGUCCUCGCGCAAUUAUCAUCCACACGGCCUCUUUUCUCCUCGUACCUCCGCAUCCGCUCCCUGACGAACACAGCGACGUCGCCAGAACUGGCCUCGGCCCGGUCAGACCUCGAGUCGGCACUCUCAUCGCUGGGGGAGGACCUAGCCGACCUCGUCGAAUCCGUGAGAGCCGUCGAGUCGGACCCGUCGCAAUUUGGGCUCGAUGCCGGCGAGGUGGCGCGCCGCAAGCGCCUCGUGCAGGAGGUCGGCGGCGAGAUCGAGGACAUGCGCGACGAGCUGGCCAAGAGGAUCGAUAGCUCCGCCGCCGGCGCCGGCAAGGGCAAAGGCUCGUCCUCCGGCGCCGGCGGGACUUCGGACCUGCCUGACCCCAACGCCUUUGCCAUCGCCGACGGUGAGGGCGAGGGCGAUGAUGACGACUACGCCGCGUUCGAGCAGCAGCAGCAGGUGCAGAUGAUGCGCGAGCAGGACCAGCACCUCGACGGCGUGUUCCAGACGGUGGGCAACCUGCGCAGGCAGGCGGACGACAUGGGCCGCGAGCUGGAGGAGCAGCGCGAGAUGCUCGAGGUGACGGACAACCUGGCCGACAGGGUCGGCGGCAGGUUGCAGACGGGCAUGCAGAAGCUGCACCAAGGGGCAUGGCAUUCAUUUGGCGAUGGCAACCUUUCCUUGCAUCGCGCGGAGUUCACAUUGGUCAGUGGAGCACUCGAUUAG